AUGGAUAUCACAGAGGAUCAACAUAACAUGACAGUUCAGUACUGCUUCCCUGACAACAACUUGUCAUGCAUAAUGGUGGUUCGAACAGGCCCUGGCAAUAUGUUAUUGUUUAUUUUUCUCUCAUGUAUCUCUGUAUGCACUGUGUUUUUGAACUUGCUAGUGAUCAUCUCCAUCUCUCACUUCAAGCAGCUCCACACUCCAACUAACCUGCUUGUCCUCUCUCUGGCUGUGGCUGAUCUUCUUGUGGGACUGAUUGUUAUGCCAGUGAAGAUAAUGGAACUGGUAGACAACUGUUGGUAUCUUGGGAAAACUGCAUGUUCUCUUUUUCCAGUGAUUGUAUAUAUUAUAGUGUCUGCAUCAAAUGGUAGCCUAGUUUUCAUUGCAAUUGAUCGCUACAUUGCUAUUAAUGACCCUCUGCUGUAUUCCACUAAAAUUACAGUUUUUAAAACCUCAAUGUUUAUAGUUAUAAACUGGUCUUGCUCUGUCCUGUAUAAUUUUCUAUUUUAUUAUUUUGAAGGCCACCUCCUUCAGACAGAGAAAUUUACUUCAUGCAUUGGAGAGUGUGUAGUGGCACAAGAUUUUUCAAGUUCAAUUGCUGAUCUAGUUAUUUCGUUUAUUUGUCCAUGUUCUGUUAUAAUACUUUUAUAUAUGAAAAUUUUUAAAGUGGCAAUACAGCAAGCUAAAACUGUAAAUGCUGUGGAAUACGAUAAUGCACAUGGACGCGGAGUCAAAGGUUCUAAAAACAAAGCUGCAAAAACACUGGGCAUUGUUAUUUGUGUCUAUGUUGCUAUUUGGAUACCAUAUUAUAUAAGCUCUGUGUCAUUUGAAAGCAUAACCUCAUUAUCAGUUGUGUGGACUGUAUUUAGUUGGCUAAUAUAUACUAACUCCACAGUGAAUCCCCUAAUAUAUGCCAUAUUCUAUCCAUGGUUCAGAAUAUCAGUUAAAUAUAUUAUAACUUGUAGAAUAUUUGAUUCUUCACCUUCAAAGGUUAAUUUGUUUCCUGAGUGCUCAUAA